UCCCCUCUGAGAUAAAUAGUGCGCGGUACAAGUGGGAGCAACGCGCAAUCGACUGUCCUUUUCUGUUUCCUGCGAGGGACAGUCGACAGUCUCAGCCUGAGAACUGAGACGCAGCAGAGCCGUUAAAGCAGAGAGAAAGCGACACGGGGGGGAGUUACCAUGUCUGGAAAUAAAGACAGCGACGGAGGAUGGAAGAAUUUUGUGUGGAAUUCGGAAAAGAAGGAGUUUCUAGGGCGCACAGGAGGCAGCUGGUUUAAAAUCCUCUUGUUCUAUCUGAUUUUCUACGGAUGCUUGGCUGGAAUUUUCGUUGGGACCAUUCAGGCAUUGCUGCUAACGUUAAGCAAAGACAAACCCACCUAUCAGGACAGAGUUGCUCCCCCAGGUCUGUCACACACCCCACGCUCAGACAAAUCUGAAAUUUCUUUUAAGAAGAGUGAUCCGAGUUCAUACAGCAAGUAUGUCCAAAGCAUGAACGAAUUCCUUGAGCUGUACAAUGAGACAAAGCAGACUGGGGACUCCUACGAGGAAUGUGGAACGUCUCCUAGAACGUACAAAGAUCGAAGUAUGGAAGAAAAGAAGAAAGUCUGCAAGUUUUCUAGGUCUUUGCUGAAAGACUGCUCAGGCACAGACCCUGAUUAUGGCUUCAUGGAGGGGAACCCAUGUGUUAUCAUAAAGCUCAACAGAAUUGUCAACUUCCGACCAAAGGCUCCUUCAAACAACUCAUUACUAGAACUGCCGGUGAAAGUUAGCUCUAACGAGAUCCCCAUUUACUGCAAGCUUAAGAGAGCUGAGGAUGAAGGCCAGAUCGGAGAGAUAAAGUACUAUGGGAUAGGCCAAGGCUUUCCUCUGCAGUACUACCCAUAUUACGGCAAACAGCUGCACCCCGACUACCUGCAGCCCUUGAUGGCCGUUCAGUUCGUCAAUGUGACGGAGGGAAAGGAGAUCCGCAUCGAGUGCAAAGCAUUCGGAGACAACAUAGAUUACAGCGAGAAGGACCGCUACCAGGGACGCUUUGACAUAAAGCUCACCGUGUCGUGACCUGAGCUACUGCGAGCACUCAAUUUGAAAACGAAUCCAACUUAGAGAAACCCGUUCAGAUAAAAACCACCACUAGUCUUUGAACAUUCAUAAUAUACAGGACCUACACUUAAUCCGUGUGCUUUACACUAGCUUUUCUGUGUGUUCGUCGAGGGUUAGAAUGUAAAAUACAAAAGUAGCAAUAGCAAAUAUUUAUUCUACUGUACAUGAAAAGAUUCCUUGAGCCAUGGGAAACGUUCAUCCAUUUACUGUAAAACGGCAAUUCCACUACUGACGUGUAGAGAGUUGUUUUCUGUCCCGAAAUACUUCACCCUUACGUGGUUUCUAUAUAUUUUUGGAGUGUCCAGUGCUGUAGUCUAGUCCCAGCUGUAACCUCUUUGUCUUAUGUCCGCUUUAGUGGUCCAAGGUGUGUGCGCGCGUGUGUGCUCGUGUCUAUGUGCAGGCGUUUACAGGAGUGUGUGUUCAUGUGCUCUGACUAACUGAAUUACUGGCAUGGUACUCUGAAUGUUUAAGGCCCACGUCUGAGUAAAUAACUGCUCUGUGUUUGCGCUUCUUCGUCCCGGUUAUUGGAGGAGGGGCACAUCUGUUUUGUUCACCUUAGCUGUUAGAUAUGGUUUGAUUACAUUUAUGUUUGAUACUUUAAUGCAAUUUUUUUUAAUUUUAUUUUUUUUCUGAUUCUUAGUGUAGCGCUUUGUGGGUCCAGCCUAGAAGACAGUCCCCUCCACAGAAACAGUGGCGACUCAGUUCUCUAAAAUUGGUUUGCUGGAGACAUCACGUGACGUGAUGCUACUUGGUAUUGAAUGUUUUAGCCAUUUUCAUGGUGGACGAAUUUUAUAUUUAUGCAGUUGUACAAUUUUUCUUUUUUUUUUUUUUUUCCAAAAGUGUAACGUAUGAAUUUAAUACCAAAGUCGCUGGUCAAAAAGUUCAAGAACAUCAGAGGCAAUGCAGUAUCCCGUGUAAUACGUUUUAGUUGGUGUUAAAAAAUACUUAAUUCAGUGUUGAAGAUCAAAACACUUGUCAGGAGUCUGCUCUUGUUACUUUAUUUAAUCUGCAUAAGGCUGGAACAAUAAACAGAAAAAUGAGA